AUGCCACUAAAUGCUCAACAAUUGUUAUUUCACUUAGCACGACGCAAUUCUGCCCCACCAUGGCGCUGGUUCCCGACUGCAACAGAGAACAAAUUGUUUGAGCGACUUGACACGAGCGGUUCUCCCACAGCGCAAGUUGUUUACUCUCAGUUUGUACAGGCACGCCUUCAGGGGAGUUGCAGUGCAGGCACCGCACCAAUUCAGCUCGACUUGUUUUUAGAUGAGUUGACUCCUUCAGACGAUGGCGAUUACAUUUUGAGAUGUCCGUUAGCAAACAGUCACUUGAUGAAGCGCCUUGUGGUGCCUGCUCCCAUGCGGAUAGCCAUGCAUGGAUUACUGCAGGAAGUUAUUGAUGUGUUCCAGCAGGCAGGUAUUCGUUAUUGGGCUGCAGGAGGCACGUUACUUGGGGCCGUACGGCAUGGAUGCAUUAUUCCGUGGGAUGACGAUGUGGAUUUGGCAAUUUCCGUCGAAGAUGAGUUGAAGCUCCGAUCUGCCUUCAAAUACCCGUGCGCCCAUGGUAGUGAUGACAAUAUCGGUGAUAAUAGUGGUGAUUGCAACUCUGAGUACUCAAGCGAAAGUAGCAGUAAUGAAGUUGAGAAGAAUGAUGGAAACAACGGCGGAAAUCUGGUACUUGAGUAUGUGCCACUCUUUGGGUAUAAGGUGUAUAGCCGUCUGCUACCGCCCCCUUUCCCUUCACCGUCUUUGCCUGGCGUUGGUAGUUCAUGCCUAAGGUAUGGCUAUUUUGUUGAUAUAUUUAUUAUGCGAGAAUCCAAAAACCGCUUUGUUUUGGCUCGGGAGUCCGCUCAGCGGACGUGGCCUGACGAGUGGUGGCACGUGGAUGAGUUGUUUCCAUUGCUUCAAAAACCCUUCGCUGCUGUCGCGGCAUGUGCGAGUGAGCAGCACCCCCAGACGGCGCUGCAACUAUCGGUGGGACGGUACCCGCUCAUGCAUUUGCACCGGUUGUAUGGAGAAACGUGCAUGCAAGAAGCCCUCAUCCCGCGUGAGCUUCACGGCCGUGAGUUAAGUCACUCGCUCCGAAUUCCGUUGGAGUUGCUUUGA